CUUCUUCCUUCAACAGUCUCUCAGUCCCAAUCUCAUAGCCAAAUUACCAAAAACCCCUUAAAAAGCAAUGGAAUUGAAGGUUGAAAUAAUCUCUACAGAGUCCAUAAAGCCCUCUUCUCCGACUCCGCCGGAACAAAGAGAGCUCAAACUUUCACUAUUGGACCAAGUUGCCCCCGGCAGCUACACUCCGCUGCUGUUCUUCUAUCCGGCCGGCCAGCUCGACCGCGGCGACCACGGCGGGAGGUGCCGGAAGUUGAAGGAGUCGCUGGCGGAGACGUUGACUCGGUUCUAUCUUCUGGCGGGGACUCUGGUGGAGGCUUACUUGGUGGAGUGUAAUGAUGAGGGCGUGGAGUUUUCGGAAGCCAGAGUGGCGUGCCAGCUGGCGGAUGUCAUGGACAAACCGGAUGACGUGGCGGCUUUGCACCGGCUGCUGCCGUUUGACCCGGACGCGGUUCUUGACAGGGAUUGCAUCUUGGCCGUCCGAUAUAAUGCGUUUGACUGCGGCGGCGUUGUGAUUGCUCUCUGUGUGACUCAUAAGAUCGUCGACGGCACCUCCGCCACCACCUUCACCAAGGCUUGGGCCGCCGCUUGCCGUGGAGACCACGAGCUCACGGUGGUGCCGACCUUCGACGCGGCGGAGCUGUUCCCCCCAAUGGAGAUCCGCGGCGGCAACAAACGCCAAUCUCGAAUGGACAAAAUCGUGACAAAAAGAUUCAUAUUCUCCAAAUCCAACAUCGCCGCCUUAAAACAAGAAGCAAACUCCGACGCCUUCCUCAACCAACGCCCCCCCUCCCGCGUAGAAACCGUCUCCGCCUUCAUCUGGAAGCGCUUCAUGGCCCUCGCCCGCUCCAAACCCACCACCACCGCCGCCAAGCGCUUCGCCAUCCUCCACGCCGUCAACAUCCGCAACCGGCUGUCCCCGCCGCUGCCGCCGCACUCCUUCGGCAACCUCUGGUGGUUCGCCGUCGCGGAGGCCCCAAUCGAGGAGGAAAAGGACUAUCCAUUCCUCGUCAGCAAGAUCCGGAACGCGAUCACCGAAAUCGACGGCGAGUACGUGACGGCGCUGCAGGACGCGGAGAAAGCGAUGCGGGCCAAGAUGAAGAUGGGCCAGAUGGUUUACUCCGGCGAGGUGGAGCUGUACAGCUUCACCAGCUGGUGCAGUUUUCCGAUCUACGAAUCGGACUUCGGGUGGGGACGGCCGGCGUGGGUCUGCAGCCCCGGGCGGCCAUACAAGAACGUGGUGCUGCUUGUUAACACCGGCGACGGCGAGGGGAUCGAGGCGUGGGUCAAUUUGGAGGAAAAAGAUAUGCCGGUGUUUGAAUCUGAUCCGGAGCUUCUCGCCUUUACUUCGUCCUCCUCGUGAUGAUUAUGUUAUUAAUAUUUAAUUUUGGUGAUGGUAAUGUUUGAGAUUAUUUUUUUGUGGUUUUGUUAUUGUAUUGGAUGCAAUUGAAGGUGUGUCAUGUUGUAAUGACUAAUGAGAUGAAAUAAAGAUAUAAUGUGUUCUGUUUUAAAUGAAAAUACUUUGGUCAA